UGGUGGAUUGCUACAGUAAUCCUACAGCAGUCUGGACGAUAUAUUUGAUCACGACUAAAACCCAAAACUAGAGGCCUGGAUCAGAUUAGGUACAGCCAAGAAGAAGCAGAUGAAAUUAAGACAUGAAUUGAGCUGCGGUGUGUAAACCAGAGAAAACAGAGAUCGGUUGGAAACCUUUUCCUGGACCGGAGCAGUCUGUUCAUUUGACAGAUAAUUUGACAGCAGUUGGUUUACUAGCUACCUCUGGCUCGACAAAGCAGGAAGAAAGCUUUCAUUUAGUGGUUAAAGUGACCCCCCCCCCUCCCCCUCCCUCCCCACAUCUAGCUAGCUAAAUUACGUUCCUGCCCAGUUGAUCUGCACUUCCCUAGUCUGCUAACCCCCUGCCGGAGAGGACGGCUGCGGAUCCAGAGGUGCUGUUGGAGGUAGCUAGCUAGCACGGCUAGUUCAUUUCACUAGCUAGCCUGCUAGCUACGCCUUGGAAUUCACACCAUUAGCUAACUGGUUCCUCCUGGGGCAGAUACGCCGAGAUGUCGGUGACGAAAGACCAAACACCAACCAAACUGUCCACCACCGAUCGGCCCAUUAAAGCGGUGCCCUACCCCCCUGGCUCCAAGCUGACGGUAAAGGACCUGUAUGUAGACGGGAAGCCCAGUGUUGAGGUGCUCAAGACCCAUCUUGUUAAGGAGGGCCGUCUGGAGGAGGAAGCAGCUCUUCGCAUCAUCACUGAUGGAGCCAACAUCCUGCGACAAGAGAAAUGCAUGCUGGAGGUGGAAGCACCUAUAACAGUGUGUGGGGAUGUCCAUGGCCAGUUCUUUGACCUGAUGAAGCUGUUUGAGGUGGGCGGCUCGCCCAGCAGCACCCGCUACCUGUUCCUGGGGGACUAUGUUGAUCGAGGAUACUUCAGCAUCGAGUGUGUGUUGUUCCUGUGGACUCUGAAGAUCAACCACCCCACCACUCUGUUCCUACUCAGAGGAAACCAUGAGUGCCGGCAUCUCACAGAGUACUUCACCUUUAAACAGGAGUGUAAGAUAAAGUACUCUGAGCGUGUGUAUGAUGCGUGUAUGGAGGCGUUUGAUUGCCUUCCCCUGGCUGCGCUCCUCAACCAGCAGUUCCUGUGUGUCCACGGAGGCCUGAGCCCCGAAAUCACCUGCCUGGACGACAUACGCAAGCUGGACCGGUUUAAGGAGCCCCCUGCGUUCGGACCCAUGUGUGACCUGCUAUGGUCAGACCCUGGAGAAGACUACGGCUCUGAGAAGACCCAGGAACACUUUGCUCAUAACUCAGUUCGAGGCUGCUCCUACUUCUACAGUUACCCAGCAGUAUGUGACUUUCUGAUGAACAAUAAUCUGCUGUCAGUAAUAAGAGCACAUGAAGCCCAAGACGCUGGGUAUAGAAUGUACAGGAAAAGCCAGACGACGGGUUUUCCUUCUCUGAUCACGAUAUUCUCUGCUCCUAAUUACCUGGACGUGUACAACAACAAAGCGGCGGUGCUGAAGUAUGAGAACAACGUGAUGAACAUCCGUCAGUUCAACUGCUCCCCACACCCCUACUGGCUGCCCAACUUCAUGGACGUCUUCACCUGGUCUCUGCCCUUCGUCGGCGAGAAGGUGACAGAGAUGCUGGUUAACGUGCUCAACAUCUGCUCUGAUGACGAGCUCAUGUCGGAAGGAGACGACACCUGCGAGGCUGGAACUUCUGCUGUGAGGAAGGAGGUAAUCAGGAAUAAGAUCCGAGCGAUCGGGAAGAUGGCCCGUGUCUUUUCUGUGCUCAGAGAGGAGAAUGAGAGUGUGUUACAGCUGAAGGGGCUGACCCCCACUGGGGCCUUGCCUGUGGGAGUUCUGUCUGGAGGACGGCAGACCCUGGAGAGCGCUACCGUACAGGCAGAAGAGGCACGAGCUAUCCAAGGGUUCAACCCGCAGCAUAAGAUCCAGUCCUUUGAGGAGGCCCGAGGUCUGGACAGGGUCAAUGAACGGAUGCCCCCUCGCCAAGAUGCUCCUCCCCCUCCCAACAACCUCCCAGCCAGUGGCCCACCUAACAAGAACGGGACAAACACACAGGCCUAGGCAUCUGGCCCACCUCCCUCUGUAUCCCUCCCUCCCGUCAAAUUUUUCCCUCUCGACUCCCACUCUCCCUCCCUCCCGCUGUCCGUAUCCCUCCCUCCCGCUCUCCGUAUUCCGCUCUCCCUCCGUAUCCCUCCCUCCCGCUCUCCGUAUUCCUCUCUCCCUCCGUAUCCCUCCCUCCCGCUCUCCGUAUUCCGCUCUCCCUCCGUAUCCCUCCCUCCCGCUCUCCGUAUUCCGCUCUCCCUCCGUAUCCCUCCCUCCCGCUCUCCGUAUUCCGCUCUCCCUCCGUAUCCCUCCCUCCCGCUCUCCGUAUUCCGCUCUCCCUCCGUAUCCCUCCCUCCCGCUCUCCGUAUUCCGCUCUCCCUCCGUAUCCCUCCCUCCCGCUCUCCGUAUUCCGCUCUCCCUCCGUAUCCCUCCCUCCCGCUCUCCGUAUUCCGCUCUCCCUCCGUAUCCCUCCCUCCCGCUCUCCGUAUUCCGCUCUCCCUCCGUAUCCCUCCCUCCCGCUCUCCGUAUUCCGCUCUCCCUCCGUAUCCCUCCCUCCCGCUCUCCGUAUUCCGUUCUCCCUCCGUAUCCCUCCCUCCCGCUCUCCGUAUUCCGCUCUCCCGCUCUCCGUAUCCCUCCCUCCCGCUCUCCGUAUUCCGCUCUCCCGCUCUCCGUAUCCCUCCCUCCCGCUCUCCGUAUUCCGCUCUCCCGCUCUCCGUAUCCCUCCCUCCCGCUCUCCGUAUCCCUCCCUCCCGCUCUCCGUAUCCCUCCCUCCCGCUCUCCGUAUCCCUCCCUCCCGCUCUCCGUAUUCCGCUCUCCGUAUUCCGCUCUCCCGCUCUCCGUAUCCCUCCCUCCCGCUCUCCGUAUUCCGCUCUCCGUAUUCCGCUCUCCCGCUCUCCGUAUUCCGCUCUCCCGCUCUCCGUAUUCCGCUCUCCGUAUUCCGCUCUCCCUCCGUAUCCCUCCCUCCCGCUCUCCGUAUUCCGCUCUCCCUCCGGAUCCCUCCCGCUCUCCCUCCGGAUCCCUCCCGCUCUCCCUCCGGAUCCCUCCCGCUCUCCCUCCGGGAUCCCUCCCGCUCUCCCUCCGGAUCCCUCCCGCUCUCCGUAUUCCGCUCUCCCUCCGGAUCCCUCCCGCUGGAUCCCUCCCGCUCUCCCUCCGGAUCCCUCCCGCUCUCCCUCCGGAUCCCUCCCGCUCUCCCUCCGGGAUCCCUCCCGCUCUCCCUCCGGGAUCCCUCCCGCUCUCCCUCCGGGAUCCCUCCCGCUCUCCCUCCGGGAUCCCUCCCGCUCUCCCUCCGGAUCCCUCCCUCCCGCUCUCCGUAUUCCGCUCUCCCUCCGGAUCCCUCCCGCUCUCCCUCCGGAUCCCUCCCGCUCUCCCUCCGGGAUCCCUCCCGCUCUCCCUCCGGAUCCCUCCCGCUCUCCCUCCGGAUCCCUCCCUGUGUCCCUCCCUCCCUCCCCCUCCCUGUGUCCCUCCCUCCCUCCCCCUCCCUGUGUCCCUCCCUCCCUCCCCCUCCCUGUGUCCCUCCCUCCCUGUGUCCCUCCCCCUCCCUCUGUAUCCCUCCCUCCCUAUCCCACUCUUUUCCUGCUCUCCUCUUCUCCCUCCCUCUCUCUGAGGGGCAGUAAGGAUGGGUCUUUGUUACUUGGCCUCCAGAGAAUCAGUCCUAGCAUCAUGUUUAUUUAUUUCAUCAUCUUGAAUGAAUCUAAUGUCAUUGGAGUCUAACAGUGGAUCUGAACAAAUGACACAUGAUUUAAUCUACAUUGUACAUUUCUAUAAAUGAUACAUGACGACUCAAUCUACAAUGUACAUUUCUUUAUUGACUGUCCCUAGGCUGGGGCAUCACUGCCGUAAUUAAAUAAAAGGCAAAUCCAUUUUGUAAUUUUGAGUUGAUAAUUGGGAUAAUAGUCACACCACCUUUACCUAUUUGUGUGCUUGGCAAAGGAAGACCUACGCUGCAACUCAUAUAAAGGUCUUUGCCUUGGUACUUUAUAUAUUAGACAACAUUACUAAGAUAUAAAGUACCUAGGCUAUGGUGCCUAAGAUAUAUAGUAUAUAAAGUACCUAGGCUAUGAUGCCUAAGAUAUAUAUAGUAUAUAAUGUACCUAGGCUAUGAUGCCUAAGAUAUAUAGUAUAUAAUGUACCUAGGCUAUGGUGCCUAAGAUAUAUAAAGUACCUUCGCUGUGUCUGUGUCCCACCCAAAAAGAGAAAUCCGUUUGAACCACCAUUGCAUUAAAUCCAUCCUUUCUAAUGCCAAUGACAGUGUGACAAGAGUAUUGACAUUUAUAUUAUAUGUACAUUAUAAAUGUUCCCGUCUCUCAAUGUGAUUGACUGUUUUUGUUUUAUUUUUACGAAAAAUAGAAUUAGGCUUCAUACCUAGAUCAGCGAGGGAUGUGGGAGGGAGAGAUUUGUUUUCUCUCUCUGAAGACAUCAGCCUGUUAACAGUGGAGAAGCACAAGCUAGAUCGUGUAUGAGGGAGAGGUAUGAAUGAAAGGUGUUUGAGAGUGUAUGGAAGAUGGUGGUUGUUGGAUGAUGAAUAAGUGAAGGCUAUUUGGAGUGUGUGUGUGUUUGCAUGGAUGGCGGUAUUAAGAGGUGGAGGUAUUGAGGGUCAAUAGAGAAUGGGGUUGACGCGUAUGUGAGCGGCGAUGGGGCCUCGUCUUGUUUCUGACUUCUGUUCCAGCUCCUCAACAUAUCUCACAGAAUGUACAGAGAUCGUUUAAUCAAGGUUUUUCAUAAUAGCUGAAUUUCAAAACUUUUUUUGGGCAAGUAUUUGUACUGCGAGGCCUCUGAUUUAUGUAGCUGUAUCCAUUCAAUAAAAAACUGAAAAGAAA